ACAUAUAUUAGUUUAAUUGAUUUACUGUGAAGAUCUAAAACCCUUGGCUUGCAGAAGGUGGAAGGCCACCAUGGUGAGGAUGGUGGUGGGUUUGGCUAGGUUUUUGACCCUUAGCCCGAGAAAGGGAUUCUGACAACAAUUACGUAGGAGGUUGAAACAGCUAGGCAAGAAACAUCAACUCACUGCGGUGCAACAUCAACUCAAACGGAAUCAAAGAGAGCAGAAUCACUGCAAUAUGUGGGUUGGGGGUAGUGCUUGCGGUUUCAAGUUUCAAUUGGGUGCAUCCUUUUAAUUGAAAGAUGGGAGGAGCACCAGACGCAGAUUCAAAAGUUUAAAAGCUCUGAUUUGAUAUCUAUAGGGACGAGAAGUCACAUUGCUGCAGCCAAUUAAAUGGAUUCCGUUGGGCAUUUCAGAUGAUGGCCACCUCACACAUCCUAGACAAAUAAAACCUUCCAAAGGGAUAAAAAUUAGAUCGAGUUUGGCUUCUAGACUUCUCGAGCUAUGCUCAAUAUGUGUUCGAAGAAUUGCUUCACAGAGUCACAGAGAUGUAUGGUCCAAGAAAUCAGCAAUGACAUCUUAAGGGAGAAGUUUGUUCGGGGUAUUUUUGGUAUUUAUACUUCAAUUGUAGGGAUAUUACAACAUUUAGGAUUAGCUAUAUAUGUUGUUUUUAUUCAAUGGCCACAAAUCAUUUUUCAUGGUAUAAUGAUUGCAUCCAAAUUCACGAAACGAGUGAUGCCCUGAGGAGGAUAGUUGUCGCUUGGAUGGGUAUGGAGGAAGUAGUGUUCAAAGGUCUCGGGUGAUGACACUAAUCUCUAUCUCUAUCUCCGGCUAAAGCAUGGGUUUAUGGUAUAUAAACAAGACGAGUAAGAGAAUCUAUCUUCCAAUACCACAAUUUCUUCAUCUCCAUUUGACGCCAUAUCAAAUUAGAUGCUCUAUUUUUUGUUAAGGAAAUUAUAUUUAAUUAGUAAUUUAAUUUCCAUUAAGGUUAUAGUACUGAGUGUUUCAAUGGUAGCAGCUUAGACCAGAGUAAUUUUCACUUUUCUCAUUUAAUCCAUCACACAUACGAUAUUAGAAGCGAAAUUGGUUGAAAAAGCUAUUUAGAAGGAAGAGCUGCAUCAGUUGCUGGUCUGAAAUUAGUUCCAGGAUAAUUUGGCUAUUCUUUUAUAGGGCGGCAUAGAACUUAUUCAAGUCCAAAGGACUAUUUUUGGGUAUGUAAUCCUUCCCUUUGUCUUUCUCAGUUUAAAACUCGAGCAUUCAAUAUGUAAUCCUGAUCAUUGCCUAAGAAGCUUCUUCAGUAUCUCUUUUUAUUACCUCAUACCGAUUAAUUACUUUGUAUAAAUUAAUUUUUAAAGGUUUAAUUUUUUUUUUUCCGGUCUUCGGUCCUCUCUCUGCAAACGGGGCGACGAAAACCUUUGCCGAGCCAAGGGUUUCAAAAGUAUCCAGGACGACAACAAUUGGAUUUCACUGGGGCGAAGAAGGCCAGGCGAGAGGGAGAUGAGUUUGAUCUAUUCUCAAAGUUGACAAUGGUGAAGUCGGACGGCUUAUAACAUAAGAGAUUAGUAUCCUGAGAAUAGAGUAUCGGGAGGAUCGAAACGAUAACUUUGUCUAUAGAUGAUUUAAUUCCUGCAAUCAAAAAACUACAGACGACGAGAUAACACCAUUUUCUUCUUUUUAUUUUAAGUUAUUUAUAUUUAAAUAAUGCUUAUAAGAUUUUUGGUACUUGGGGAUUAGUGAGGUAGGAACCAUCAAUUUUAUGAACGGGGUACAGGAGCACCUUUGGGUUAUCCCAUGGCAUUAAUUUCCAAUGUCAUGUCGCCAUCUCCUCUGUACGUCAAUUUUGUUUCUUUCAAUUUCCCCCCUAAAUUUUCUACUUUAAUUGAAGACAAUGUCAGUACAGUCAAUUUCCCCCUAAAUUGUUUACUUUAUCACUGUGACUUCACUCAGUGAUUUGGACCUGAAUUCGCUAAAUCGACUAAGAAUGAACUCGAGUUACUGUUCAUCGCGGGAACUUGAAUUCCAGAUCCGUUGCUACUCUUGCUGAAUUCAAGGCCGAUUUUUGAGGAAUUUUGAGCGACCUGGUAAGCAUCCUCUGAUUCUGAAAUUGGAGUUUCGUUUACAUUUGAGGAAGGUAACAAACUGAGCACUGGAUUUUUGGCCUUGAACAACUCUUGUUGGGUUGUUUCUUCUGUGAUAACUUCAUGGGGAAAAGAGGACGCCCUGCAAUUGGCACGUUGAGGCUUUUGUUGCUUCAAACUGGUGUAGUCAAACAAAGUUGGGGCUAGUUUUGAGUGAUUAGGGAUCGUGUUUCACCAAUAUUUGUAGCUAUUGAUGUUCUUACUAGUUCACUUUGAAUCUACUGUAUCUUUUUUUACUAACAUUGUUAGAUACGGAGUAUUAUUUAGUAUUUAUGCUAUUUUUUAGGUCUUCUUCUAAAUGAUACAAAGUCAGUUUCUCAGUGGAAGGCAAUGAAAUGCAUGAAAACUUUUGUUUUCUGCAUAGGUAUACAAAACACACUGCCUAUUGAUGAAUCGACUUAGGUUUGUUUUUUCUAAAUUUAUCUACAUUGAUCCAAUUAUAUACCAUUCAGGUGUUACAUUAUUGGUUGACUCUGUGUUGAAUAAGAGUUCUGAGUGGGGCGUACCCUAAAUAUAUGGAUUUUGAUGCAUUUUUAUGUGUUAGGUAUAAAUACAAAUCCACUCUCAAAUCUCACCAAAAAAGUAAAGAUUUUGACAACUCCAAUUAUCGUCUCCUUUGGUUCGCCAUCUCUUCUUCAUCAUCUUCCAGUCGAACGUCUUCCUCAUCUUCUUCUAGUCGCCAUCUCCUCUGUACGUCAAUUUUGUUUCUUUCAAUUUCCCCCCUAAAUUUUCUACUUUAAUUGAAGACAAUGUCAGUACAGUCAAUUUCCCCCUAAAUUGUUUACUUUAUCACUGUGACUUCACUCAGUGAUUUGGACCUGAAUUCGCUAAAUCCACUAAAAUUCGCUAAAUCCCUAAAUCGUAUCCAUCGUACUCCGUUGUCUCUCUCCCGCAAAGACUGCUGGUUCUGGGUGGCGGAAACACAUGGAGUUUACACUGUGAAACGUGCUUACAAGAAGUUGUGCGGGGAAGCAUCUCAGGUUGGCAUUUUUGACCAGUGGGGCCGACUUUGGGGGCUGCCAAUUUUGCCUAAAGUACAAAACUUGUGUUUGGAGAUGUUUAAGGGGUGUCUUACCCACGACAUUAGCACUUGGAACCAUAGGAGUUGUUAUUGAUCUAAAUUGCCGUAUUUGUGGUGGGCCAGAGGAGUCAUUAGAGCAUGUUUUUCUACUUUGUCCUUUUGCUCUAACAAUUUGGAGGCUCCUUGGCAGUAGGAUAGCUACAGGUUUGCAUAAUAAUUUUAUUGCUUGCUUAUUGUUUGCUUUCAGCUCAAUGUCAACUCUUGAAUUGGCAGUGGUGGCUGCAGGCAUAUGGGCAAUCUGGAAGGCCCGAAAUCAUGCUUGAUGGGAAUUAAAGGUAGUUAAACCUGAGAUCGUGGCGGAAUGGGCACGAGAGGUAUGCAUGGCUAGGACAAGACGUAUGUUGCAUGGUGGUACGGUGUCGACGUCGACGCACCAGUGGCUCAGAUGAGUCGGACAGAAAUAACACGCUGCUUCGUUGAUGCUGCCGUGUUUGAUCAAAAUAAUUCUACAUCGGUGGCGGCCGCUCUGCUUGAUGGCGCAGGCAGGUUCGUUGGGGGCUUCAACAAAUUGGUUUCAUGUCCCUUGGUGACGAGAUACAUGGAAACAGUGGCUAUUAAGGAGGCGCUCUCAUGGCUCAAGGAGAAAAAUAUCCAAGAAGUCUCUAUUUUCUCAAAUUGUGCUCAAGCGGUUCAUGCCUUGAAGAAUGGCGUGUGGGUGCUCGGUCAUAUCUGAGUGCCUUGGAAGAUGAAUGCAAGAAUCUUACAUAUUGUUUUCGUUUUGUUAAUUUUUGUCAUAUCCCUAGACUGUCAAAUAUGAUUGCACACACCCUUGCUACAUUGGCAAUUAACGGGUGCCAUGAAUGGUGGAACGACCCCCCGCAUGAUGUACUGCAAUAUCUUUAAUUAAUGAAAUGUUUGAUUUUCAAAAAAAUACGGAGUAAUAUUUUUAUGGAUGAGUAAAUGAAUAUGAAGUAGUAAU